AUGGCUGAAAAUCCCGACAGCAUGAAUAGCAUAUUUGGGCCGGCCCCGGAGCCACCCACCGAGUUGGGUCGGUAUAGGGUUCUAUCCAAGACAGCCGGCGUCAGGGUAUCCCCUCUGUGCUUGGGCGCCAUGUCCGUCGGUGAUGCUUGGGCCGAUAUCAUGGGCAGCAUGAGCAAAGAGAACUCGUUCAAACUCCUUGACGCUUUUGUCGAGGCCGGAGGCAACUUCAUCGAUACUGCUAACAACUAUCAAAACGAGCAAUCUGAAACCUGGAUCGGUGAGUGGAUGGCAGCGAGGAAGAACAGGGACCUGAUGGUCAUUGCCACCAAGUACACCACCCCCUACCGCAGUUGGGAACUCGGCAAGGGCAAGACCGUCAACUACUCAGGCAAUCACAAACGAAGUCUUCACCUCUCAGUGCGGGACUCGUUGAGAAAGCUCCAAACCGACUUUAUCGACAUCUUGUAUGUCCACUGGUGGGACCACACGACUUCGAUCGAAGAAAUGAUGGACAGCUUGCACAUCAUGGUGACUCAAGGAAAAGUACUCUAUCUGGGUAUCUCCGAUACACCAGCAUGGAUUGUCAGCGCGGCCAACACAUAUGCACGCGAGCACGGCAAGACCCCGUUCUCGGUGUACCAGGGCCAGUGGAACGUGAUGCAGCGCGACUUUGAGCGCGAAAUCAUCCCGAUGGCGCGACACUUCGGCAUGGCGCUCGCGCCCUGGGACGUGCUGGGCGGAGGCAAGUUCCAGACGAAGAAGCAGCUGGAGGCACGCAAGAAGCAAGGAGAGGGCCUGCGGAAGAUGGUCGGCACCGGCCAGCAGUCAGCCGCACAAGAGAAGAUGAGCGCCGCGCUCGAAAAGGUUGCCAACGAGCAUGGUCUCGAAUCCCCUACCGUGAUCGCGCUCGCGUAUGUCAUGCGAAAGACCACCAAUGUGUUCCCCAUCGUCGGCGGUCGUAAGAUAGAGCACCUCCAAGACAACAUCAAGGCACUCAGCAUCAAGCUGUCCGACGAGCAGGUCCAGUUCCUCGAGAACCAGCAGGAAUUCAGCCCAGGCUUCCCGAGCUCGUUCGUCGGCGAAAGUCCCUAUAUGACUGGCAAGAGUACUCCCACGCUUGCCUCGAGUGCGCCACUUGCUUGGCCAAUUCCCGAGAGGCCGUUCUCGAAAGAAGGUUGA